AUGCAGCCAAGCCUUUGCCUCUACCAAACGCAUACCAGGAUGAAGGCAUCAUCCCAGAAUGUGAGUGGCUGGCCGGGGUCUACGGCUCUCGCCGGCCACACGGAUGGCAGGGCUGCGAUGAGAUCCAAGACCAGUCGGGCAGGUGCAUGCAGGAGAGCUGCUACAAGCCCCUGUGCCGCAAGGAGACGUCAAUGGGUUGACCAACAGCCAGGCAAGUCCUUAAAACGUUUGGUGGAGGGAGAUUCGGAGAUCAACACGGACCUGAUUUCCAGUAGCAGGGCCGCUUUUUCAAGUGGCUGGACCGUUGAGCAAGUAGGAGUGCUGUCGCGCGCACUCUAUGAACUCGACAAGAAAGGCAACGGCGAGGGCAUCCCUCCUUUCCAUAAUACCUCGAACAAGCUCCUCCACUUUCUUCACAGAGACUUGACAUUUGAGCGUGUGGACUCCAUUGAGUGUAGCCCAUUGGUUGGAGAGAUCUACUCAAAGACUCUUCGCAUUCCGAGCCGCUGCCUUACGAACAUCACAACAUUUGAAGACACGAUCAACAAGGCUGUGCCCGUUCUGCCAGAACGAGGAGUGGCACCGCGACCGGAAAGCGAUUGGCUCCUCAUUCCAGCAAUGUGUUUGAAGAGCCAUUACCAAAGCCGCCAUCCGACCUGCGCAGAUGGGCAAACCAGAAGUUCGGGCAUGAGACAGGGCCAGCAACGAGGGCUUGGAUGGGGAAAUGGGUUGCUUUUCAAGGCACCAAUGGUGCCAUCACGUGCCAUCCACCCCUCAGGCGAAGAGUCUCUUUUGGAGCAGGCCCUUCAAUACUUCAAGACUGAGAAGCCUGGCCCGAAAGCCGCAUGGAAGCUGGACUGGGGCCCGGAUUCUUCGAAUUUCACAGUGGAGCUGUGGAUUGGCGAGGCGCAAGUCGUGAUGCGCGCCGAGUGGGUACAGUUGCUGCUCCAGUCUGUGGUCAUCCCGGCCGAAAAUGACGAUGGUUUGGAAUGCGUGUUUGGAUAUUGCUGGGGCAGCGGAUAUGCACAAUAUCUCUUGGAGGCAUUGCCUUCUGGCGAUCUGAUCCCUAUACUUACCUUGGAUCGAGCGCAGCAAGACCAAUCUUGGGUUGGCUGGAUGUCGCGUGACUUCGGCGCAUUUUCUGCCGGUCUUGGACGCUUUACAGCACCACUUGAGCGCUAUCACUUCCUGGGCCAAUGGAUGGCAAGGGCCUAUGUGAUCUCGGGGCUGAGCCUUUCCCCGGCAAAUUUUCACAGCAUCAUCUAUGAGAGCCUACUUGCUGGUCAUGCAGUUACCCCCUUGCCGAUGCCAAACGGAUACCAGGAUGCCGACAUCAUCCCUGAAUGUGAAUGGCUAGCAGCGAUUUACCAAUCGCGGCGCCAGCAUGAAGUGGACUUUUACGGAUGGCAGAGCUGUGACGAGAUCCAAGACCCGGAGUCGGGCAGGAGGUACACCUUCCUGAGCAAGGAUUUCAUUCACAAGUUUUCAUUAUCACACCUCCUGACCAGGACCAAGGAGGGUGGGCUCAAAGACAAGCAUGGCUAUUUGAUGAACAGCGAAGUGAGUCCUGAAGCCAUGUCCAAGUUUCCGGAGGUUCAAGCGAAGUCUCCUGUGCGCGACGACGGAAGAGAAAAGGUGAAAUUGUUUUCGGCAACUUUGAUUGCAGAAGACGUGCAAGUGAAGCACUUUGAGUGGCCAGUGCCUUUCAAGGAGCGGCUCACGCUCAAGCAGCUCCUUGGCAAUCCUGCCAUGGAAUGGAAGUGCAACUUGCGGGAGAAGACACACGAUGUCGACGGCUCAGCUCUAUCCAGCACAGCCCGCAAGAACUUGAUCCAGUUUCAAGACUUUUUGGACAAGAAUCCGGCCAAACAAGACUCUGACUUCAUUGUCGACACAGGCGGUUCUUCAGCAACUUGGAUGGAGGUUUUGGCUCACAAAACUAGUCUAACCUGCAACAUGGCAGCAGCAGGUGAGAAGAGAUUGCCCCAAGGUGUCCUCAACAGAGCUGACUUGCAGUUGGGCGUCCAAGCCUUCUUGCUGUGGGAUCCAGCACUCAAGGAGAAGAGCGCGUUUGAGCUGGAAAAUGCUCGUGAGGCUUUGAUUUUUUGCCAGCCUUUCUUCAAGGAAGACCGCACCAGGUCAUGUGCGCUUGCCUGUGCCAUCAUGUUUUUCACCAUCCUUCAGAUGACGCUGGACCGCCCUGGCACAGAGCCCACAGACUGUACAUGGACCGCUCACCUUUACACCAGGUCUGGACAAAUCCAGCCUAUGCAAGAGAAGAUCGAGAAAUGUCCAGCUUUGACAUCGCGCGGGUUGCUUGCAGGAAAGGUUGGUGAGUUGGAUAGCGCUGCUUCUUUUCUUUUGGGCGCCAUCAACGCCAUGCCUCAUGACCUGCUGCCCCAGGCUCCUUUGGCUGCAAUGGUGAAAGGCUUCCGCCAAGUCAUCUCGGACCCCACAUUCUGGAAGCAGGCGGACAGCAAGGCCUUGAAGCACUUGGUGGAGGGAGAUUCAGAGAUCAAUGUGCCACGAAUGUCUGAGGCCAUUGAGUUUGAAGGGAAAUGGACUGAUGCUCAGAAGCAAGUGCUGUUGGACACCCUCCAUGACCUGAGCAAGAAAAAUAAGGGCCUCCCUCCUUCCAAGAAUGCCUUGAACAAGUUGCUCCGAUUCUUCACCGGUUCCUCCAAAGAGCCCGUGGGCGGCUUCCAGCAGUUGAAGUUUCAGCUUGACACCGACGCAGAUGACACCGACACGUAUGGCUCACGUCCCUGCCCCAAAUUGCGUGGCCGCAAAGAAGAGAAGGAACUACUCAUAGCGGCGAAAUGUUUGACCAAUUCCUCAGUGCUGACUCAGAGCAUCCAACGAAUCACCAACUUGCUUCCUGGCCCUGCCGUUGCCCGGCUUACAAGGCUAAGAACCCUGGCCAGAUGGUCCUUUCCAGAAAAGGAUUUUGGUUUUGCCGGUGUCACAGUGGGCAUAGAUGAGGGAGGUCUGACGAAAGAAUGGCUCCACCUGGUACUGGAGUCCGUUGUGAUGCGAGAGAAGAACGAAGACCAAGGUGGGCUGAAGUGCUUGAAGUUUGGAGAGUGCUCUCGCACAGAGGCACCGCAAUUUCUGUUGGAGGCCUUGCCCUCUGGCAAUCUGAUUCCUAUCCUCAGCUUCGAGCGCGGCAGUGACGAUGAUUUUUGGUCUUCGUGGAUGUCCGGUGACUUCGGAGCUUUUGCUGUCGGCCCAGGCCUUCAGAAGCUUUCUGCGCUUGAACGCUUCAACUUCUUGGGCCGAUGGAUGGCAAGGGCUUACAUCAUCUCGAGUGUGGGCCAUUCUCCGGCAAGCUUUCACAGCGUCAUCUACGAGAGCAUCGUUGCUGGUCGGGCAGUUGCACCAGAGCCCGCGCCAAAUGCAUACCAGGAUGAGGAUAUCAUCCCAGAAUGCGAAUGGCUGGCCGGGAUCUACGGUUUGCGACGGCCACACGAGCUGGGGACCUAUGGAUGGCAGAGCUGUGAUGAGAUCCAAGACCCUGAGUCGAGCAGGUACACGCAGGAUAGCUGCUACAAACCCCUAUACCGCAGCAAAGAGAUGUGGGAAUACUUGUACACUGAAUGGGGCUCUUUGGCACCACAGGGCAUCGAAGCUGACGACCUUGUUCCAUUCGAUAGAGCCCGCGAGUACACCUCGAUGAAGUGCAAAAGCAAAUGGGGGCAAGACUUCCAGGCUCCUGUGGUUGAAUUGGUCAAGGGCUUCCGCGAAGUGGUCUCAGACGCUGCGUUCUGGAAGGAGGUGGACAAAUGGGACUUACAGUACAUGGUGGAAGGAGAUUCGGAAGUCGACGUGGCAGGCCUCAUUGAAGCCAGUCAUUUCAAGGGCGAUUGGACGAGGGAGCAGAAGCAAGUGCUGACCGAUAGCCUCUUUGACCUUGCCAAGAAAGGCAAGGGCGUCCCUCCUUUCCAGAACACGUUGAAUAAACUUCUGCGCUUCUUCACCGGUUCCUUCAAGCCGCCCCCUGCGGGCUUCAGCUUGUUCAGGAAGCCGGUCACCUUCCAGCUCGUGGUCAAUGAUCGAUGUGCUCCAUUGGUUGGGAAGACUUGCUUCGACAUGCUGCUGGUUCCGGCUGGCUGCCUUACGAACACCUCCACACUCGAAGACAUGAUCAAAGAGUCCGUGGCAUCUGAAGGCUUCUAUCUCGCGUAG